AUGACUAGGACAAUUACUCCGCCACCAUAUCCAUACGUCCCCAAAAUAAAGACCGAUAACGACCACGGUCGUAGGAAAUUACCCACCGUCACAUUUACAAAAGGUUCCCCAGAGCCUGUUUGUACAGGAAAUUGCGGAUCAAAAUGCAAGGGCCCCUUUUGCCGUGAGCCUUGUGAGCAUGAUUGCGGUGAUGAUGGGCGCGACUUCUUUUCUGAGAGCGACAGGACGAGACCUAAAAAUAUGCGUGAUUACGAUGUGCGGCGGGCUGAACUGCAUUCCGCAGCGGGGCGGUUUCACCGGUUGUUGAGUGCAAAUCGAGUGGGUGCGUGGGUCCGGACUGCGAUAAGGUUACGGGCCGAUGUUUCGGCCCACAAUGUAUUGGCUUUGGCUGCAAUGGACCCGACUUGUGAAAAUGGUAGUUGUAAGGGCCAUCGCUGCACUCCACUUACAUGUGAAGGCAAGAAUUGCGCGUCUGGAUUUUGUACGGGACCCGAGUGCGAGACAGGAAAGGAUGGCUACAGCGGAGCACAAACCGCUCGUCGAUGCACUGAACUUGUCACGAAAAUACAACUGAGUACGGCGAGUCGUGACAGGACGAGGACCGCUUGUUCCACGGUGACCGGGUGCUCUGUUGAACUCACGACUAUUACUACCACAACCACCAUGACUAGUACUUCUAUUAAAUUUGCAACUAUGAUGGAAUUCCAGUUGAUACGCCGCAGCACUAUAGUGGCUUGGGCCAGUACCUUGUAUACCAGAUGCACAGCCGGGAUGCCACUAGGAUUCAUUUUAAGCCAACCACGGCGAAAGGAGAAAUGCCGAGGAAAACUGCAAGUCCUCCAGGGGAGGGGCCUGACGUCGUAA